AAUAAUAACAACAACAAUAUAUAGAUAUAUUUAGAAAAUUACUGCUCGCAGCCCAAAUUGAUGAUGGGAAGCAGAAGUGCCCUGACACCCUGACAUUGCAAAUCGUCCUUUGGGCAGCAGCAGAGAGAGGUUCCAAUGCAGGCAGGGCAGGUGACCGAGGGAACACGGGGACAGCGGGGACAGCUCGGGGACAUCCCGGGAUGCGGCUCCCGGGGACAAUUCGGGGUGCAGGUCCCAGGGGAUGAUUCGGGGUGCUGAGCUCGCGGGGCAUGCGGGCCGUGCUGCUGGCUGACACCGACACCGACCUCUACUCCACCGACAUCCCGCCCUCGGGCACCGUGGAUUUCAUCGGGAGCUGCUACUUCACUGACAUCUGCAAGUGCAAACUGAAGAACAUCGCCUGCCUGAAGUGUGGGAAUGUUGUUGGCUACCAUGUGAUUUGUCCCUGCAAGCCCUGCCUGCUGUCCUGCAACAACGGCCACCUCUGGAUGUUCCACAGCCAGGCAGUGUUUGGCAUCAACAGGCUGGACCCUUCUGGUGUGAAUGUUUUGCUCUGGGGCAACCUGCCAGACCUGGAGGAGAGCACAGAAGACACAUCCUGCACCUCUGAGGAGGAGUACAUCAGAUAAACCCUACCUGCAGCAUCUCCCCUCCACUUGUGGCCUGCUUGGGCUGCAUUUCCACCUGGUGGCCCAUCAGAGCUUUAAACAAACAGGAAAUCUGGAAAGAAAAAAUCAAAAAAAAAGGAAUUCUUCUUGCUCUUUCCCUGUGACUUCUCCUGGACUGCCUGGUGUGCAUCCCCUGAGCAGAGGCACCUUGGAAAUGCCAACACAAAGUGCAUUUCCUGAGCUCCACUUUGCUUUUUAUUCUUAACCCUCUACAGCUGAUAAUCCUUCUUUUCUUCUUCCCUAAAGCACUUUUCACAGAGCAAAACCUUUCAGUUAAAAAAAAAACAAACAAAAAAACCUUCAGGAAUAAUCAGGGGGCUCUGGAAGAGCUCAGCUCUGUGCUCCAAGUUUUGCUGCUCUGGCUCUGGGAUCUCCUGCUCUUUGCAGCUUCUCUGCACCUGAGGCACCCCAGGAUGCUCCUGAAUGCCCUGGGAAGCCUCUUGGAGCCUUCCCAUCUUUAUUUUUCAAUAAUUUCAGGAUUCUGUCCCUGCAGAGAUCGAGUUUAUCCUUGAUAAAACCUAAAUUCUGCAUUUUCUUAGGAGAAUUUUGAGGCUACAUUGGAGUUUUUCUUCAGGGCAGCAAUA